AUUAAGUAGCAACCGUUUUCUUCUCUUGAAAAAAAAUGAACAUUCCCUUUCCGUCCUCCGGCUGAGAGUACGGUGGAAGAGGCUGAGAGCAAUGGCCGGCGACGGUUUACCGUCGAAUAUGACUGGAAUGUCUAAAGUAGAGUUAUACGAUGUCAUGUCUCAGAUGAAGGUAUUGGUGGAACAGAACCAGCAACAAGCAAGGCAAAUUCUCAUCCAAAACCCUAGCUUGACUAAAACACUCUUUCAGGCACAAAUAAUGCUUGGGAUGGUGCAGCCCCCACAAGUGAUACCAACCAUCCAGCCAGCAGGAGCAUUGAAUAUUCAGCCAUCAGUAUCUCAGCUUCCACAACCAAUUGUUCAGGCUACUCCAUCGUUGCCAGGGCAUAUUGGCAUUCAGGAGCAAACAAGAAAGCAGCAGCAGAAUCAAGCUGCUCCAACAGUGCCAUCCGCUUCUCUUCCACCCUCGAACCUUCAAUCCACAUCCGUGCCAUCUCAUACAUUGCAGACAGUGCAGCAGCAGAAAGGACUUAUUGGUGCUCAAGCCACACCAAUCUCUUUACCACAAACCUCUCAAGUUCCUAAUAUGUCCCAGCUUCCUCGUCAUUCUGCUCCACCGCUGCCAUCUCAUCUUCAACAACAGAUGCAUCCAGCAUCCCCCAAGUUGGAGCAACCAAUGCAAACUAGUGUAAACCAACACCUGGCUAUGCAACCACAGCUACCACCACAAGUGAGACCAUCAAUGCAACCCUUCCCCCAUCAAGUUCACCCUCACAUGGGGCCCAAUGCUGGUUAUCCACAAUCUGGGGCAACUCAGCACCACCAUUCACAACCUGCUUAUCAUCCUGCAAUGAGGCCUCCAGCAAGCAUGGGACCUUCUUUUCUACCGGGACAACCACCUGGUCAAAGUCAGCUUCCACCCCAGCCUCUAUAUCAGAUGGGAGGUUCACAUUUGAGACCAGAAUUCAAUCAAGUUGGAAAUUCAAUGCAAGCAGAUCGAGGAUCUCCUUGGAUUCCCAGCUUACCAGAGAAUACAUCAGGAACACAGCUCCCAGGGCCACCAUCAUUCCCUGCACAGAUGGGCCCGGGCAGUCAGCCUCCUAGACAAGGAGCACUGUCCCCAGAGAUGGAGCAGGCACUUCUUCAGCAAGUAAGGAGUCUGACCCCAGAACAGAUUAACAUGCUGCCUCCGGAGCAAAGGAAUCAAGUGCUUCAGUUACAGCAAAUGCUCCGUUAAUCAGAAGCGAGUGCUGCAAAAUACGGUUCUGCCAAGAAACUGAAAUAUCCUCAUCUGGCUAAUCGAUUUUUCUAUUUAUCAAUCACCAUUGGGUAGAUGGACAGUGCGCUCCUUGUUCAAUGGUGUUUUUUUUCCCCUUUGUUAAGGUUAUUUUUCCUUAGCUCAAGUCGGGUUGCCUGUCAUGUUGCUAGCAAAUCGUAAAACGUCGAUGGAGAGCUUCUUUGGUGCAUAUAUAUCCCAUCUUCUCCACCUGGAUGCUCUCCACUUUCUUUUUUAUGUAAUGUCACUUAUAUGUAUCAUGUCACUGUAUUAGAAUAGCCUAAUGCCCUCAAUUAUGAGAUUGUGAAACAGUAUAGCCCCUUCCCUUAAUCUUGUAUCCAAAAUUUCCAGACACAUUUUGGUUUUGCAGAUGCAUCUUGUGAACAGUUUGCUGGACUUAGUGGAAGGUAUAGUUGGAUAUUCAUUUAGGGGGUGUUCUCUCUUAUCAUACUAGGUGUACACAAUGAUGUCAAUUUUUUUUUUUGGAUAUGCGAUAUUUAUGUUCAUUG